AUGCGGAGAUCCAUAACAUUUGUCUUGCUCUUGAUCUCAUUAUGCGGUAAGUUUUUGGGGUUUUGGUAAUUUUGAGUAUUUUUUAGUUUGGUUUGGAGAUCUCUGUAAAGGCAAGUAUAAUAUAAAGAGGUUCUGGUAAUUUUUGAAUAAAAGUAUUGUCAACAUUAUGAUAACAUCAUUUUAGACGCAAAACGUACCAUAUGUAUGCAGAAAGGCUUUGCCGUCGAAAAAAUAGGUUUUUAUCAGCGAAUCGAAAGUGCCAACCCAGCUGAUUGUGUAGAAAGAUGCAUCGAAAGCUGGGAAUCAUGCAAAUUGGCCGUUUUCUUACAAGCGCAAUCUAAAGUAAGUUGAUAUUAAAGCCAGUAAAAAGAUUUAAUAGUACCAAUAUGUCUUUAUUUUGUCAAUGACAGCGUUACAGUUUGUUAAAAUAAAAAAAACAUAAAACUUUCUUCAAAAAAACCCAUUUUUUAAUGUUUUAACAUGUUCUGGCCAAUAUAACUGUGCCUUAAAUGAAGAUAUAACUCUAAAAAACUAAAGAUAGACCCAGAAUAACAAUGCACACCUUUAGCGCCACAAAUCCCUGUGCCAACUCUACAAUGUCAACACAGAAACCGACUUUGUAGCGCUCCGUCAAGUCUCUCGCCACGAACCUCAAAGCACAGUGUUUGAGAUUCUAGAUUCUUGUCCACAAAAGGUCGCAGACCAAUCCCGAGAGUUUUUCGACACUCUAAGCCCAGCUCUCCGGCGGAUUCUAAACGGAAUCCCCACGAUCCAUCGUCGUUUAUCCGGUCAAUUCGAAAGUCGCGACGAUCUAGGUAAAGAAACUUACUUGGCUCCAGAGAAGCCUCUUUAUCCCUUCAACGGUAACAAAAUCAAGAGUAAAAGUAGCAACGAGAACUUUGAGGGCGAUCUCAUGGCCAAUGGAGGGGAUGGCGGAGCUCCAGUGCCUCGGGAACAAGGAGCGAUGAAGCCGAUUCAACCGAUUGUGGGGCAACAGCUUGGAAACGGCCAGGGAUUGUCGGCAUUUGCUGGAAAUACAGAUGACAGGAAUAGACAAGGUUACCUGACUGGUCCACAAGGCUUUGGCAGACCUGGCUUUAGCAGUUUAUGCCCGAGUAAGUUAGUCUUCGCCAAGUUUUGGGCGAAAAAUGUUAUCUUUCCUGCGAACUGCAAAAAAAUCGAUAGCUCGCGCCCUUGCUUUUAGAAAGAAACAAUAUUUUGUCGAACAUUUUUCUUUCUCUUCAUGAUUGUUCAGAAGUAUGUUUAUCUACACAGUAGAUAAUUUAAAAUCUUCCAAAAGAUUUUAUUUUAUUUUUAAAAAUUAUAUUAUUUUAGAUGGAAUAUGCCCAACUCUGCCUGGAGCCUAUCCUGCCCAAGUUAUACGAUACCCAACUGGCGCUGGUGUAUCUUAUCCUUGCAGUCCACUAAGACCGCCUUAUGAUCCAUGUGUUAAACCAACUCUAGGUAUUGAAUUGCCACAGGAAACAAAACCAUAUUGGUCUGAAUGGCUUCCUGUUGGGACUUGUUCGGUUACGUGUGGUACUGGAGUCAGGACCCGAAAACGAACAUGUUCUACUGGGAAUGAAGGCGAUUGUGAAGGUAAACUUUGUUUUAUUUUUAUUGAUUUGGAAGAUUUAAAGGUUAUUUUUGGCUGAGGGAAAAAUAAAAAUUAAGAUCAGGUAAUGGGUAAUGUUAUUUUUUUAUAAUUUCUGUUAUUGGAUAGAUAGGGACUAAAAAACUUCGGGAGUUUGGUACUUUAUAUUCCAUUAACUAGUUGAAGAAAGAGAUUAAAAUUUUUUUUUAAUUUUGUAUUUGCAGCAGUUUUGCAAAACAUCUAUUUCCUACCUUUUCCAGGUGAUCAAUCAAAAGAAGAGCCCUGUAUCCAGCCUGAAUGUAACGUAUGGACAGCUUGGACUGAAUGGGGACAAUGUUCAGCAUCUUGUGGAGGCGGGACAAAGUCCAGGUCACGAGUUUGUCGCAAUGGGAAAGAAUGCACUGGACCAAAAGAAGAUGUUCGUGAAUGUGCUGAGGAAGCUUGUCCUCAAUGGACAAACUGGACCCCGUGGGGAGAAUGUUCAGCUACUUGUGGUCAAGGAGUUCAACGGCGGAUCAGAGAGUGUAUUCCACCAGGCUCUGCUGAAUGUAGAGGACCUGCUGCUGAUCAUCAGCCUUGUGAGAACAAACCUUGUCCCACUUGGGGCCAAUGGGAGAGGUGGAGCGAGUGUUCGAAGAGCUGCGGCAUGGGAGAAAGGGUAAUUCUUAAACUUCUUUUGGCAAAAAUUAAUAGAAACAAGUCUAAAGACGAAUUUAUUAUGAUACCUGAAGAUUUACAAUGUGAAGGUAACAAUAAUAGUAUGUUUUUGUUUUUGCAGAUUCAGCAUUUUAACGGUAUUUUUGUUAAUUCUUAUAUAAGGUAAUGUAAUGUGUUUUAGGUAAGAAGAAGAGAAUGCUUAAAUGGAUUAGGUGACGACUGUUUGGGUCCUCAUGAAGAACAUUUACUCUGUAACCCACAAUCAUGCCCAGAAUGGACACAAUGGACUGUUUGGGGACAAUGUUCGAAAAGUUGCGGAGAUGAAGGGACGAGACUUCGAACGAGGUAACUUUAAUUAAAGUUGUUUUACUAUAAUUUACAUUUUUUAUGCGUUAAUCAAGAAGAAAUUAAAUUAUACAGCAAGUAUAAUAUAAAUAUUGUAAAAAAAUGUUUGUAUUUUACAGAAAAUGUCACUAUGAAGGUCUACCAGCAACUUCAUGUGAAGGUACGGCCCAAGACCAGUCAGCUUGUCAGCUCGACCCUUGUCCUCAUUGGGGGGCAUGGUCAUCGUGGACUUCAUGUAGCGCUUCUUGUGGUCACGGUCAACAAACACGACAACGAGAAUGUGAGCCAAAAGGAUUUGGAUGUACUGGCGGAGAUCGCGAGAUCAGAUUCUGUCAACAAGCAGUUUGUCCUUACUGGGAUCAAUGGUCUGAAUGGGCUACUUGUUCAGUAUCUUGUGGUAGAGGCUUGACAUCGAGGAAGAGAAAGUGUGUUAGGGAUGAUCCAUUGCCGGGGGCGGUUUUGCCGAGCGAUGAAGAGUUGGGUGGAAGCAGUUUGGAUGCGUUGAGGCCGGAGCCGGCACCAGAAUCUGACGAUGAGAACGAAAUAUCUGAGGUUGAGGCUACGACAGCUGAAAGUCAGGAAGGAAAUUCUAGGGAAAAUGGUAUGUUUGGCUUGGUGUUUCACUAAAUUUACUUAAAAUUGUUUUUUAUUAAGACUGUGUCAACUGUAAUAUUACAUAACGUAGUAUAUUACAGUCCAUACCUUACGUAACAAAGUCAACUUUUAAUAACAACCUUUAAACAUAAUUACAGACGCGAUAAAAGCACGGUUAAUUGAGCGCAACCAACGUCUUAAGAACGCGACAACGACGAAGAAGAAUCGUUCGACCAAGUCGAAACCCCAACUCAAGGAGCAGAUUCUUGAGGUCACUCAGAGUGCGGCAGCCGACCGGAGACGAGCUCCAACUAAAGCAACAUUACUAGAGCUGAGAGAUGCUCCAGAAGGAUGUCCGGGAGCUGAUUCGGAACAAAAAGAAUGCGACUCUGGACCAUGUUGUGAAUGGAGCAGUUGGUCCGCUUGGACGGAUUGUAAUAAUCCUUGUAGCUCGGGACAGAAGUUGAGGUAAUGGUGGAGUAUAUGAUAUUUAAGUUGCUAUAGUUUUUAUGUAAAUGUCUUUAUCGUGUUUUUAAAAUUUUUUUUGCGUUACUUCUUAUUGAAAUAUUAGAAAUUUUACGAGUUUUGAUUUUUUAGAAGCCGAUCAUGUCAAGUUCAAGUGCCAUAUCAUAGCCAUGGCAGUGGUACGGCUUUACGAGUGAAUUCUGGAGAACCACCAGCUCCACCAAACUACAUUAACAUAUAUGCACGACCGCCUCAACAACGCGAUCGUAAGUAUUUUAGGUUGAACAGUUCACAGAAUUUUUUUUUUACUUAUGAUAUAUAUAGCCGAGGUAUAUACUAGAGCUUUCAAUUUUAUACUACUCUUUAAGUUUUAGGCCUAGAAACAUAAAAUGAUCUAAUUUUGGCAUGUGUCAAUAUUUAUAUUGUUUUAGACGUAAAACGCUACAUAAACGAUCUUUCUCGCUCCAAACGUCAAUCUCCAUUUGGAUUUGGUACUCCAGAGACCUACGUCACUCCACAAAGUCUUCCAAUCUACGCUAAUCAACCCUUUAUUCAGCCAAUAGUCGGCCAACAAUCUUAUCCAUCAGUCAAUUCAUUCAGUAACUUGCCAGGCACUGCUCCAUUAGGUGCAGCUCUACCUACAGCUAGUUUACCUGGCCUAGGAGGACCAUCUUUGACUAAUAUUUAUGGUAAAAGUUGUGAAUGUCCGGGUAAAGCGGUGGAAACUGAUCAGUGUGACGCUUCUGAAGUCAGAGAUGCUUGUGGAAAUGGUGCUGGACUGGGUGCAGGAUUUGGAGCUGGAUCAGGCGGACCAGAAGGACCAAAAAGAGGUCAAACAGGAGGAGGACAACCGUUUGGCCAAAUUCAAGUGCAGCCGGCUGCCGUUAGUGGCCAUUCCAAGAGCGGCCAAAAAGGAAAAGGAUCUUCCACAGAGAUUAGAUCUGGAGAAGGCAAAGAAGACGGUGACAGCCUGGUUAUGGCAGUUAAUCAGAUGAUACAAGGUGGUACUGGUGGUCGGCAACAGUGUGAAUGGGGAAGUUGGGGCCCAUGGAAUACGUGUAGAGGCGGCUGUGAUAAGGUGAGUUGGUUAAACUAUUUUUAAAUGUAACACAAGCUUAUGGUCAGAAAGUAUCUAGAAAAUCACAAAAGUUAUAUUAUUUUAGGCGGAAACUUAUUGCUUUUGAAAAAAAAUAAAAUUUUAUUGCUUUAGGGUCAUAAAGCUCGCACACGAGCCUGUAAACAAAAAGAGGGUGGUAAAGGCGAGCAAACAUACGAUGUAAGGAAGUCGAGGGUGGCCCGAGAUCAACCGCCAUGUGAAUGUGAAGGAGAUGACGUGGAAACCGAGGACUGUACUCCAACUGUAAGUGAUUUACAUCUUUUGAGAUAUUGUAAGAUUGAAAACAGGCCAAAAAGUAAGUAGGAGUGAUCAUUUUCUUUAGGGCUGCGAGAUCCAAGAACGUGACGAGCCAAUGUCGACCGAACGAGAAAGCCGAGAUCUGACCAAAGAAGAUGAAGACCCAGUCCUAAGUUGUUAUUGGUCAGAAUGGACCGAUUGGGGUCAUUGUGGCAAAGAUCUACUACGAAAGCGAACUCGUUUAUGUGUAGGCUUAAAGGCUUUGUUGACUAAUUGCGAAUGUAUGGGAGCGUCUGUCCAACAAACGGCAUGCAGCAGUCCCAACUUGGACAAAGCUCCAUCGGCCGCAGUAUUGGCAGUGAGCCGAGACAUACUACAAGAUCGAUUGGAUGACAAGAAGAUACGAAACACGAAGAGACAUAACAGUUAUGAUGAGGACAAGGAUAACAAAUUGGAUUCGUUAGAUUCUUGUGAAUGGUUGAGUUGGACGGAAUGGACACAAUGUAACGCACCGUGCGAUGGGGAGGGGGAGCGAAUGAGGCAUAGGACGUGUCCUUGCAGGUAGGACAUUCAUUUUUAAAUUUUUGUUGUUAUAAGUGACCCUAUGUCCAGUUAUAUAUCGCGUACAUUUAAAAAUUUACCAUAGCCCAUCUAAACUUAAAAGACCUCUAAAAUUCUUCUAUAUCUUCUACUACGAAGAAUGUAUGUAACAUAACGUUUGAUAAUACAAAAAAUGUUGUAGAACGUGCAAAAGUGGCCUGAAGGAACAAAUCGAGUCUUGUCGAGGUGACCCUUGCCUAGCGGCGACAAAUCACAAGAAAUACCCGUUUGAUGAGUAA